CAGAAAUGAAGCACAAAGCAAGCGUUCCUCUAUUUCCUGCCCUUGCAGCUGAACUCAUGCUUUCAGGAUAUCCACUGGAGCUGAUGGAUGGAGAUGCUUCUCAUGUUCCUCUGAUCUGGGUUUCAGCAGUUCUAGAUGAACUUGUGAAGGUUCUGGGGGAUCAGAGAGUGUUUGUGCUGUCAGUUUUGGGGAUUCAGAGCUCUGGGAAAUCCACCAUGCUGAAUGCCAUGUUUGGACUCCAGUUUGCUGUCAGUGCUGGAAGGUGCACCAGAGGAGCCUUCAUGCAGCUGGUCAGAGUGUCAGAGGAGAUGAAGAAAGAGCUGAAGUUUGACUACAUUCUAGUUGUAGAUACUGAAGGACUUCGAGCACUUGAGCUCGCAGGAACAUCCACUCGACAUCAUGACAAUGAACUCGCAACAUUCGUUGUUGGUCUUGGAAACCUGACCUUGAUCAACAUCUUUGGUGAGAACCCUGCUGAGAUGCAGGACAUCCUUCAGAUUGUUGUUCAGGCCUUCCUGAGGAUGAAGAAGGUCCAACUCAAUCCCAGCUGUUUGUUUGUCCACCAGAAUGUUCCAGAUGUUACAGCCGGACAGAAAAACAUGGAGGGACAGAGAAGAUUACAAGAUAAUCUGGAUAGAAUGACCAAGCUGGCUGGUGAGGAGGAAUCCUAUGAAGCAGAACAUUUUAGUGACGUCAUAGCAUUUGACAUAAAAAAAGAUGUGAGAUACUUUGCACAGCUGUGGGAGGGAAGCCCACCCAUGGCUCCUCAAAACCCAUUAUACACUGAACAUGUGGAAGAGCUGAAGAAGACAAUACUGUCCAGAGCCACAGAAAGUCCUACUGUAACACUGACACAGUUUAAAUCACGGAUUAAAGAUCUCUGGCAUGCACUUCUAUGUGAAAACUUUGUGUUCAGUUUCAGAAACACACUGGAGAUCGCAGAAUACAGAAAACUGGAGGAGAAAUAUGGGACAUGGACCUGGGAUCUCAGGAAAUCUAUACUAGAUAUACAAGACAAACUACACACCAGCAUCAACAACAAACAACAGAGCAAAGUUGAGAGAAAGGAAAUUAUAGAUGAAAUGAGAGAAACAUUUAAUAAUGUGACAGAAUCAGUGCAACGUUAUUUUGAGGAAAAUGAAGACAGGAGAGACCUUAUUCAGCAAUGGAGAGGAAAGUUUAUGAUAAAGAUUCAAAAUCUGCAUGAUGAUCUUGUGACACAAACAGUGAGAGAGCUGCGUGAGAUCAUUAACCAAAAGCAAACCUGCAAAAACCUGGAAGAUCAGAAAUCUCAGUAUGAGGCAGAACUUUUUAAAAAGAGCAAAGAGCUGGCUUUGGAUCUGAAAAGGGAUGAAAAGCAGCUGGAUGAAAAGCAGUUAAAAGAACAUUUUGAUUUAUUGUGGAAAAACUGGGUCUCUGAACUGACUGCAAACCUGACUAGAACACAAAUGAACAUAGCAGAGGACAUAACACAAAUAUUGUGUGAACUCUAUGAAUUAAAACUUCUGUCUGAGAGGAAAUCUGAAAAGUAUGAGAACAUAAGCACGCGAGGUGAUUAUAAGAACUAUAUAACACAUAAAAAAAAGUGGAAAGUUACAGGUUGGCUUUUACAGUUACCACCUGAGAGCCAAGACUCUAUAAGGCAACUGAUCCUUAAAGUCAUUGAGCAAACUAAAGACCUGAUUAAAUCAAAACCAGUUGCAAAGACAGGCUACAAACCAGCCUACAUUCAAGAGAUCGUUCGACUGGUAAAAGAAGCUGUGGCUGAAUAUCAGUCUCCAGAUUAUGAGUUGAACAAAAAGUUCUCACUGGAUCUCUCUCUGAAUGUGUGUGACAUUGCGAAAGCAGAGUUUGAAAAGCAACAGAAGAAAUUUGAAGAGAGUUUUGAUCCAUUAAUCUAUCUUGAGAAAAUGAAGCCAGAAUACUACAGAGUUUUUCAGAAAUCCUGUGAAGGCUCCACAUCUACAGCAGUGUUUGGAGGAUUAAUCUGCAGACAGCUUGGAGACUCUAUCCUACAGAGUGUGUACAACAGUGCUGCCAAAUUUCUGGCUGAUGAAAUGAAGGCAAACUGUCCAGAAUUUAAUGGAAACAGGACAAACCUGGAGAAACACAUUCUCAGAUCACUUGCAGAAGAGCAGAACUUUAAAAGAUUUAUGAGCUACAUCUUGACACCUAAGGAACAUUUUAAGAGCUUUAUUAAAGAUGUUGUAAAAGUUUUCAUGACUAAAGAAAACCCCAAAGUUCUUGCUCACAUUAAAGGAAUUCUUCAACACAAACAGAAGUGUGUAAUCACUGCAGCAGAAACUGCAACUCAGGAAGUGACAGAGAGCAAAGGAGAUGCAAAUAUCUGGCUGGAAAAAUUCUCCAGUGGUCUGAAAGUUGAUGUUGAAUACAAUACGGAGCAUCUGAGUGGAAGUAACUGUAAAGACAUCAGUGAUUUUCAGCUGCUUACAGAUGUAGUGAGAAAAGAAAUCUCCCUCAUUACUGAAGAGCUGAACAGGAAGUUUAACAGCAUGUCUGAUCUUAAAAUGGAGAAGUUCAGGAAGAGUCCAGAUAAGAUUCUGACUGAAUACUUCUGUAAAUGCUGCUGGGCUCAGUGUCCAUUCUGUAAAGCCAUCUGUACCAACACAAUAGAGGGACAUGAUGGAGAUCACAGUGUCCCCUUCCACAGGGUACAUGGUAUCAAUGGGUGGCAUUACAGAGGAACAACAAAUCUCUCCACUGAUUUCUGCACAACAAAUGUACAAAGUGAUAGAGGUUUCUACCCAAGUCAUAAUAAUGAAGUGUGUAUUCCUUACAAAUCAUACAGAGACGCAGGAGGAGACUAUGUGACCUGGAGCAUAAACCCAGACCUGUCUGAGCUGCCAUACUGGAGGUGGUUUGUGUGUACAUUCCAGAAGGAUUUGGAAAACCAUUAUAAAAAAAACAUUCCAGGGAAGUGGAGAAAUCCCUGAAGGAUGGAAAGAGUGCACAAAGGAAGAUGUU